UCCAGGGGAUCUUCCUGACCCAGGGAUCAAGCCCAGGUCUCUUGCAUUGCAUGCGGGUUCUUUACUGUCUGAGCCUUUGGUGCUUAUGUUGAAAUCUCUGAGUCAUUUUGUUUGAAGUUCUCUUGAAGAUCAUGGCAACAGUAUUGUCUGAAUUCUUGCAUGAUAAUAGUUUGUUCCCUUUAUACCCACGGUCAAUUUGGGGGUGUAAAAUCCUUGGCUCUUGCUUUCUUUUGAGUAUCUUAAAUUUAUGUACACUUUUUUCUUUCCUGGUAUAAAGCAUUGCUGGCAGUUGGGGUGGUGAUCUAAUUUUUCUUUCUUUUUAUUUUUUUUGCCUAAGUAGCCCAGGAGUUUAUUUUUCCCUUUAAAAUCAGUAAUCGCAGUACAGUGUGUGUUUGUGUUGGUUGUUCUAGGUUGAUAUGAUCAGGUGUGUGAUGUGCUCUUCAAAUAUGUGAUUUCAUAUCCUUAUUAUUUUAUGUUACGAAUCGGUUUUUUAAUGUCUGUUUGGAGGUGAGUUAGCUUUUUGGUGUUGUUUAAUUGUGGUAAAAUAUAGCAUAAAUGUGACAUUUAAGCCAUUUUUAAAGUGUAUUAGUUCAGUGGCAUUAAGUACAUUCACAUUGUACCCUAACCACCCUCCAUCCAUCUCUAGAACUUUUUUAUCUUCACAAACUGAAACCAUUCAAUAAUCAAACUUCACAUUUCUCCUUUCCCUCAGCAACCACCAUUCUACUUUGUCUAUGAAUUUCACUCUUUUGGUACCUCUUAUAAGUGGACUCUUAAAAUAUUUGAACUUUUGUGUCUGGCUUAUUUCACUUUACAUAAUGUUUUCAAGAUUCAUCUUUGUUGUAGCAUGUGUCAGAAUUCCCUUCCUUUGCUAAAGCUGAGUAUGUACCACCAAUUGUAUCACAAUUUGUUGAUCCAUUUUAAUCUGUUAAUGGGCAAAUGUAUAGCUAUUAUAAACAUGAGUGUACAAAUUGCUCAGUUCCUUACUAUCAGUACUUUGGGGUAUGUACCCAGAUACGGAAUUACUGGAUCACAUUGUAAUUCUGUUUUGUUUUCAGAAACUGCCAUCCUGUUUUCCCCAGCACCAGCACCAUCUCAUAUUCUAGCUAGUAAUGCACACAGAUGCUAGCUUUACAUCCUCUAAGGUUUACUCUUUUCUGGUUUUCUCAUAAUAACCAUCAUCAUGGGUGUGAAGUGAUUGAAGUUUUGAUUUGCAAUUUUCUGGUGACUACUGACAUUGGACACCUUUUCGUGUGUUUAUUGGCCAUUUAUAUGUAUUCUUUGGGGAAACAUCUAUUCAAGUCUUUUGUCCAUAUUUUAGUUGGGUCUUGCUACUUUAUGAGUUCUUCAUAUACUCUGAAUAUUAAUCCGUUAUAAUAUACAUGAUUUGCAAGUAUUUUCUCCUAUUCUAUAGGCCAACUUCUCUUUUUUUCCUAAUGCACAAAAGUCUUUAACUUUGAUGAUGUGCAUAUUACCUAUUUUUAUUUUGUUGCUUGUGCUUUUAGUAUCAUAUCCAAAUAAUCAUUGCCAAAUCCAGAAUUAUGAAGUUAUUCCCAUCAUCUUCUAAGUUUUAUAGUUUUAGUUCUUACAUUUAGGUCUUUGGUCCGUUGUGAGUUAAUUUUUGUAUAUAGUAUAAGGUAAAGGUCUCAUUUUUUCAUGCAAGUAUUCCAUUUUCUCAGUACCUUUUGUUGAAUUUUUUUUAAGAAAUUGUUUUGUUGCUGUUUUGGCCGCUCUGGGUCUUCAUUGCUUUUGUGGAAGUUUCUCUUGUUGCAGAGCACAGGCUCUAGAUGUACGGGUUUCAGUAGUUGCAGCACGCUGCUGCUGCCGAGUAGCUUCAGUUCUGUGCGACCCGGUGGACGGCAGCCUACCAGGCUCCUCCGUCCAUGGGAUUUUCCAGGCAAAAGUACUGGAGUGGGGUGCCACUGCCUUCUCUGAGUUGCAGCACGAGGCCUCAGUAGUUGUAGUGCUUAGUUGCUGCAGGGCUUAGUUGCUGCAGGGCAUGUGAAAUCCUUCCAGACCAGUGAUCGAACCCAUGUCCCCUGCGUUGGCAAGGGGAUUCUUACCCACUGCGCCACCAGGGAAGUCCCUGAAGCACUUCUCUCUAGUAUGAUUUUGAUGUUUAGGGACAACUCUUAUAAUUUUUUUCUUACAGUGUUUUUGUACGACCUAGAUACUUUUUAUCGAACCCUUUUGAGAGCUUUAAUAAGUUAGAUGUGCUUCAGGGGAGCUUGUCUAACUUCACUGUUCCUUUGUGUAGUAUUCAGAAAUGUAGCAGGUUUCUUUUUGUGUUCUGGAAUCCUAUUUCUGUGAGUCUUUGCUGAAGCUGCGCCAUUACCAUUUUUCCUUAACUAUAGUCAUAGUCCCAAAUUCUAAGCUGCAGUACCUAGAACUUGUUGGAUAUUUUUUAAUGAAGCAUCCUCAAGGCACAGAAAAUAGUUAAUUCUGGUCUUAGGGGACAGGGAGUGUUAGGGCAGUUAAGGGAUAUGGGAGAAAUAGCCUCACCAGCCUCUGGGAACUAAAGAUGAAACCUAAAAAUAUAUUAGAACAAGCUUGUUGAUAAUGUAUUAGCAAAUAGAAAACAGACUUUGAGUUCUUUGCUUCUGUUAGGGCUUUUUUGGGAUUAGGAGAUUGAAGAGUAACAAAAUGACUGUGGCUCUUUCUUAAAUACAAAUGAUGUAUGCACAAAGUUUAUGUCGUAAAUUACUUAAAGAGUAAAGACAAAAAUGAUUUAUUUGAAACUGAUGGUGAUAUAACCAUUUUUGGUGUCUUAACAAUCACCUAAGCUUUUUGUUAAUGCAAACUGACCUUGCCUCCAACUGUCAAGGUUGAAGCCAGCAAUGAGAGUGAAGAAUGUCAGCAGUGAGAGCAUCAUGAGCAGGCAGAGGAGACAGUGGCCAGGAAUGGGCUGGAGGAGGAUAGAGAAGGGAGGGAGUCAGACUGAGAGGGAGAAAUCAAAACAUACAAAGGAAUAGAAAAAGGGAAGUGUGGAAAAACAAUUGGAGCGAGGAGAGAAAAGAGUUACAAGUGUAAUCAUUAAAGUAAAACCAGGUGUCAUCAGUUGAGUAUUUGAAUCUGUUUAUUGUAAUAGUUAAAUAGUUAGGACUGCAGUGAACCCUUUAAAGAACUGAGUUUGUACAAGGAAGAAGAUGAGCAAGAAAGGAGGGAAUUUUAAAGAGUAUGUUAAAUCACUUUUUAAAUUUAAAAUCAACAGUAAAAAUACACAUCUGUUUUAUUUUGCAACAUAGUACACUUAAUCUUAGCCAAAAGGCCUAGAAGCAAUAUACUAGUAAUAAUAUUUGAGUCUUCAUACACAGCUGUGGUUUUAUUUUGCAACAUAGUACACGCAAUCUUAGCCAAAAGGCUGAGAAGCAAUGUAGUAAUAAUAUUUGAGUCAUAUUAACUGGGAGGCACUAUUCUAAGUGCUUUACGUAUAUUGAUUCCUUUCAUCCUCAGCACAACUUUAUAAGCAGAUACUAUUUCUCCCAUUUUACAGAUGCAGAAACUGAACCACAGAGAAAAUAAGUAAUUUGCCUAGGCUAGUCAGAUAACAGAGCCAGGAUUCCACUGAGACAGUCUGACUACUCUGCUACAGCUGGCGUCAUCACCUCCACCUCCCCCUCUCCAUCAUUUGUAUGGUAUAUUUCUGUAGAAAUUUGUCUUGUUUUGAGAAUGUAAUAUCCCCUUGAAAUAGUUGUACAUCUGCUAGAGUGUGACAAACUCUGGACACUAUUUAAAGAUCAAUUUUUAUUACCUUUAGUUAGAGUACCGUGAGAAAAUUUAUUAAACUAGGUACCAGAGCACAAAAGAUGGAUAGUUCAUGGUCCCUAUCCCCAGUAAACUGAAUCUCAGUUUGUAAUUGGUCAUGUGAACCAACCAAGUGUCUACUCCAAUACUGGUAUAAAUUCUUUGACUUUGAACCAAGUUUGGUAAUGAAUGUUUGUUGCCUUCAGAAGUGUGUUCACCUUUAAAAGCCACAGACCAACUAAAAAUGUUGUUAUUACUUAAACUUUUGGAGUUAUUUUCAUUUUAGUAAGCCAUACAACAAAAUCAGCUUUUCAUACGAAAAGCAGUAGUACCUAGUUUAAUUACCUUCCUUAGUCAUCCUUAAAAUUAAAGCCUCACAUGGAUAUUCACUAAGUAUUUAUCUAAAAAGGUGUUUUGUUUUGUUUUGUUUUUACAGCCCUGAUGGAGUAAGAUGUUUGCAGGCAGUAGAGGAGGAAAUAUGAUAUCACCUACUGCAUUAUUCUUGGCUGCAAAAGUAGAAGAACAGGCUCGAAAACUUGAACAUGUUAUCAAAGUAGCACAUGCUUGUCUUCAUCCCCUAGAGCCACUGCUGGAUACUAAAUGUGAUACUUAUCUUCAACAGACUCAAGAACUGGUUUUACUUGAAACCAUAAUGCUACAAACCCUAGGUUUUGAGAUCACCAUUGAACACCCACACACAGAUGUGGUGAAAUGUACCCAGUUAGUAAGAGCAAGCAAGGAUUUGGCACAGACAUCCUAUUUCAUGGCUACCAACAGUCUGCAUCUUACAACCUUCUGUCUUCAGUAUAAACCAACAGUGAUAGCAUGUGUGUGCAUUCAUUUGGCUUGCAAAUGGUCCAAUUGGGAGAUUCCUGUGUCAACUGAUGGAAAACAUUGGUGGGAAUAUGUGGAUCCUACAGUUACUCUGGAAUUACUAGAUGAGCUAACACAUGAGUUUCUACAAAUAUUGGAGAAAACGCCUAGUAGGUUGAAGAAGAUUCGAUACUGGAGGGCUAACCAGGCAGCUGGGAAACCAAAAGUAGAUGGACAAGUAUCAGAAACGCCUCUUCUGGGUUCAUCUUUGGUCCAGAAUUCCAUGUUAGUAGAUAGUGUUACUGGUGUGCCUACCAAACCAAGUUUUCAGAAACCAUCUACAUCAGCUUUCCCUGCACCAGUACCUCUAAAUUCAGGAAAUAUUUCUGUUCAAGACAGCCAUGCAUCUGAUAAUUUGUCAAUGCUAGCAACAGGAAUGCCGAGUACCUCAUAUGGUUUGUCAUCACACCAAGAAUGGCCUCAGCAUCAAGAAUCGGCAAGGACAGAACAGAUAUAUUCACAGAAACAGGAAACAUCUUUGUCUGGUAGCCAGUACAACAUCAACUUCAAGCAGGGACCUUCUGUAUCAUUGCAUUCAGGAUUGCAUCACAGACCUGACAAAAUUUCUGAUCAUUCUUCUGUUAAGCAAGAUUAUACUCAUAAAGCAGGGAGCAGUAAACACCAUGGGCCAAUUUCUGCUACUCCUGGAGUAAUUCCUCAGAAAAUGUCUUUAGAUAAAUAUAGAGAAAAACGUAAGCUAGAAAGCCUUGAUCUGGAUGCAAGGGAUCAUUAUAUAGCUGCCCAGGUAGAACAGCAGCACAAACAUGUACAGUCUCAGGCAGCCAGCAGCAGUUCUGUGACUUCUCCCAUUAAAAUGAAAAUUCCCAUUACAAAUGCUGAAAAACCUGAAAAAUAUAUGGCAGAGAAGAAGGAAAAGAGUGGAUCACUGAAAUUACGGAUUCCAAUACCACCCACUGAUAAAAGUGUCAGUAAAGAAGAACUGAAAAUGAAAAUAAAAGUUUCUUCCUCAGAAAGGCACAGCUCUUCUGAUGAAGGCAGUGGGAAGAGCAAGCAUUCAAGCCCACACGUUAGCAGGGACCAUAAGGAGAAGCACAAGGAGCAUCCUUCCAACCGCCACCACCCCAGCAGUCACAAGCAUUCCCACUCGUACAGUGGCAGCAGCAGUGGUGGCAGUAAACACAGCGCUGACGGAAUAGCACCCACUGUUCUGAGGAGUCCUGUUGGCCUGAGCAGUGAUGGCAUUUCCUCUAGUUCCAGCUCUUCAAGGAAGAAGCUGCAUAUCAAUGAUGCAUCUCACAACCAUCACUCCAAAAUGAGCAAAAGUUCCAAAAGUUCAGGUAGUUCAUCUAGUUCUUCCUCCUCUGUUAAGCAGUAUAUAUCCUCUCACAACUCUGUUUUUAACCAUCCCUUACCCCCUCCUCCCCCUGUCACAUACCAGGUGGGCUACGGACAUCUCAGCACCCUCGUGAAACUGGACAAGAAGCCAGUGGAGACCAACGGUCCUGAUGUCAAUCACGAGUACAGUACAAACAGCCAGCAUAUGGACUACAAAGACACAUUCGACAUGCUGGACUCGCUGUUAAGUGCCCAAGGAAUGAACAUGUAAUCAUUUCUUUAGGUCAAUUUUUCCUUUCCUUUUUUAAUUUAAAAAUUGUUAGAAUGGAAAACUUCCUCCUGAUCUAGCAGUGGUAACACCUGCUGUUAGUACCACUGCUUCAAUAUUUGUAAGUGCUGCUUUAUUCUUCAUUCUGAAAAGAAGAGAUUAUAGUAAACAAGUCUUUAUCUCCACAUAUGAUAGUGUUAUAAAUACUGUAAAAGCAUGGAAGGUGCAAAACUCAGUAUUUCUACAAUUGCAGCUAAGAACAUUAGGGUGAAUGGCUGGCUGCUUCUAGGAAUAUAAGAUGCCUCAAGCAUUCGUUUAUUUAUAAUUUGAAUACUGUAGCUAUUUUUUGUUGUUGCUUGGCUUUUGAAUGAGUGUAAAUUGUUUUCUUUUGUGUAUUUAUACUUGUAUGUAUGAUUUGCAUGUUUCACUGAUAAAGGGAUAAAACAGUAUACUGACAACUGUUUACAAGAAAGUGGAGAAAAAUGUACAUACAUUUUUGUAUGUUUAGAUAUUACCAUAAAUACUCAGGAUUGGAGCUGCUUGUAAGUAUAACAAUAUACAGAAUAACUUUAUUUUAUCUUGUCAGAGUCCAUCACUAAUCUAAAACAAAGGUGGCACUUUUUCAUGUUAACCUUAAACUCUAGGCCUUACUGGAAGCCACUGAAGGGGGACACUUCACUACCGGAUGGGUAUGCAGUGCCACAGAUGGUUGUUUACUCCAUGAGGCACUGAUUCUGCCUUCAGAGGUUCUGACCAGACUGGCUGCUGAAAGAGCCCCUGAAUUUCUGAAGGCUUGAAGAGGAAAAAAUAAAGUUUACAUACUCUUGAUGUGAAGUGCAUUUAAGUGUUUGUUGGCUUGUUGCAGUACUAUAAACACAGAGGUGUUAAUAAUGGUUAAGUAGAUUACUGUGAUUUGAAAACUAAAUUCACAAAAACUUACAUUAGUGCAGAAUUAGUAAGUUUUUUUCUUAAAUAAAGAACUUUAACACUACAUAUUUUAACCGUAAACAGAAUCGCUUUUCCUUUGGCAUUCAGAAUGACACCAUGUUCUUAAACAUACCCCUCCCUUGAAGUGUGUUUGUGUGUGAUGCCAUAUUUCUUUUUCAGGUAAAUGCAGUCUUCCUUAUAAAAAUGAAAUUAAACCUAUUGCUCUCUCAGUUGUUUUAUAUUCUAACAAUAAAUAAACAAAAAAGGUCACUGACUGUGCAUUGUACCUGUAUUUAUAUCUUUCGGUUGUUAACAGGAAGCUCUCUGAGGGGAAGAAAAAAGGUAAGCCUCCAGAUAAAACAGCUAGUGGAGGUUUUCCAUGUGUUUGCACAUCUCAGUAUAUUCCUGUUGAGGUCAAGUUUGCAGUCUUCUGACUUCUGAGCAAAUGAUAGACUUUAACUUGUUUAAAAUUUGUCUUAAAUGCCAGUAACGUGACUCUGGUUUAUCAGCUAAUCUUCAAUUCUGUGGUAAAUCUUUGAGCUGUUGAGUAUCUUUGAGAUGGGUUGAAUUCAACUUCUGUUGAACUGAAAACUGUCUUAAUUUUUUCCUCUAUGUAUAUGAAUUAUUUUUGUUACAAAGCCACUGAUAUGUGCACAAUUGUAAUUUUACUCAAGUAUGUUGCAGUUGUAAAUAUUAGAGUUUAAUCUUGUGCUCUACUUUUAUUUAGCAAUUACCUGAUUUGCCGGUAGCUUUAUAAUUUUUUUAAGAUAAUUAUUCAUUAUUUUGUCAAUGUUAUUUGAAUUUAGGAUACUAGGAGUCUCUUUUUAGGGACUUUGCUUAGCUAGCAUGUCCUAACUUUGUUCUUGUCUUGCAUAACUUUAGUAAUCUUUGUCAUUACAUGUAACUUUGUUGCUCUGUAUGGCAUAUUAUUGUAUCCAUAAACAUGGUAAUUUUGAUACAGUUAUACUUUUACAGUGGUACAUAAUCCAAGGACUAGUAUAGAAUUAAGAGGAGUGCAAGAUGAGGGAGGGAAGGGUUUUUUUGUUCUUGGUAAUUUAGAUGUGAAACCUCUAUGGAGCUAUCAUGUGAAAUGAUACUGGGUGGUUGUGCUACUGUAUAAUGGGGAUGAUAAUACCAGGAAUUUUAAUAAGAUUUUGUAAAGAAUAUCCAGAAAAGUAGUGAACUUAUUUUCAGUAUGACAUAGAAAACAAUGUGAAUAUUUAAGGUCUGUGACUAUACUUAAACUUCACUAAGGAUUUGCAGAAUUGUUUUGAGAUGUGAGAAUAAAGGUAAUUUUGUUGAAUCUUUUGGUGCUAAUGAUGGACAGUUAAAAAGGUAGUUAGUGUAUAUUGUUAUGGGGAAGUACUUAUUAGUUACUUCCAAAAUUGAUAAUGCUAUGUAUUCACUUUUCACUCUGUAAAUGUAAUUCUUUACAAUGACUUUAUUUAUUAAAGGGCAGACAGUUGUAAUUUUUACAGGGUUUUGUGAGCUAUUCAAACUCUUUAACUUCUGAACAGGAUAUUAGCUUCUAAAACCACAGUGGGGAUAAAAUAUGGAAAUUCUUUUAAGUUUCAUUUCCAUUAAAUGAGAACCCUUAUAAUUCAUAUUGCCAUGAAUUUGACCAUCUUGUUUGCAUAAAAUAGUUCAUCAGCCUGGUCCCAGUAGGCUCAACCAAAGAAAAAGACUCCAAUGAAUGGACAUUAUUACUGAGUCUUCUUGUAAGUAGCCAUAAAUAAACCAAAAUAGUAUCAAAUUUAGGUAUGAAAUUCCACAUGUGCAAAGUACUGUUAAGGUGAUACAUUUUUGAUGAGAUUUUUAAAAAUAUUUGAACUAUUAAAAACCGUUAUCUUUAAACAUCCUA